GAGGAUGAGGCGGUUAGGCGCGGGGCUCGGCCAAUCAGCGCGCGCGAGCAAAACGCUUCCUGGUCGCCGCUGUGCGCGCGCUCUGGCUGGCAUGGACGGCUGCCACGUUUGAGGCCUGGGUGUGCGGGGUGUAGAAAAGCGGCGGUGUCCUCGUCGCCAUGUCGGGCUGCUGCUCUGGAUCUGCUGUGCAAGCGAGACGCCAUGGCAGAAAACGCGGUUGCGGAGCUGCCCCAGCUGUGCAAGCUGAGAGAGGCGCUCGAGGACGCCUACACGGAAGUCGGCGGGUAUCUCGGAGCCCAGCGCUCCGCCUUCAUGGACUCCAUCGCAUCGUUGGAAUCGGAAAAGGCCGCUCUCCGGACGGAAUUCGACCAGCUGAAAGCGGCAAAGGAAGCCGUUGAGACCGAGAGGCAGAGCCUGCUGGAGGAGUACGUCUCUCUGAGAGCGAGCAAGGAGUCCCUCGAAGCCCGGGUCCUGGGCCUGCAGGAUGCCAACGCCAAACUCGUGGCAGAGAACAAGCUGCUGGAUAUAAUAGCAAGUGUCCUCGACCGGCAACCAGUCCCUCCCACUUAUCUCCUAACACCCACCCAGGACAAGGAUCCCUUUGCCCUCGUUCUCAUCGACGGCAACAGCGUCCCGAUCCGUGCUACCGACGCCCCGAAGAAGUUCUACGGCGGGCUCCUCGCCGCCACCGUCCUCGUCAACGCCAUGCACGCCCUCCAACCCGGCUGCAAAAUAUACGUGCGUGUGUGGGCGGACCUCGCAUCUUUGGCGGCCGCCAGCGGAGACAGCUUUACAGAGGAGGAAGCGCGGGAGUUUGCGCGCGGCUUCACGGCGUUUGCGCACUGCGACUUCGUGGACGUGGGAAACGGAACGGGGCGCGCGGGCGCAAAGGUCAGAGGUACCUAUCCGCUGGCGAUACUAUGCGACGCGCUACCGUGCGAUAAUCCCUCGCUGGGCGCGUGUGGCGGUUGUGGUGGUGGAGUUGCGUCGUUGUGCCAUUAUGUGCGGUGCUAACGCGCAGCGAGCAGAGGCUUUCGAAGCCAACGUCGGGAACCUGCACUGCAAGCAGAUCUUCGUCGCGGACGCAAAGGACGGCUCGGCGUGCUUCCUCGAGCGGUAUCGCUUCGGGCGCGAGAAGGAGAAGAUCUCGUUGCUAGGACCCGGGGAGCUGGAGCCGG